AUGUUCGAUAAACUUUCUCAAAAACACCUUCAAGUCGGUGCUAAGAGUUGGAGACCACUCGCCGCUGGAGAUCCUCAAAAACGAGGUGGCAUCACUGCGAACCUAGGGGUUUUUGUUUCAAACGUCCAUCAUCAACCGCCUCAACCUAAAACCCCCGCUCCACCUCAAACCCCUGCUCCACCUCUUUCCGAACACUCCUUUCAUCCGGAACCACUUGUCGAUCAUGAAUUCGAACCUCCACCUGAAGCGGCUGUCCAUUUCGCUUCUCCGCACGAUUCCGUCCCUGCUUCUUCACGUCAUAGUCAACACGGUGGCGGUGCGGCUCAUAGCGUGGCGAGCGGUAUCACGGGGCGCGAAAUGGGGAACCAUGACAAUGCGACCAUCGAUCAACCAUCCCAACCCUCAAAUGUCGAGAUGAUGCCUUCCAACGCCGAACUCGAUGCUGCUGUCACUGAGGGCAUUUUGAUGCGUACUCGUCAAGAUAUUGAGGAACAGGAGCGUGCGCUGGCUGAACUGCAAAAGGCUCAAGAGUUAUUGGCACUUCGUGAGAGUGAAAUCAGGAUCAAAGAAGAAGCCUUUCAACAAAUGCUCGAUGCCGAACGAAUUCGAAUUGAAGAAGAUGCUAGAAUUGCUCAGGAAGCCGCUGAUCGAGCUGCAAGUGAAGCAUUACUCAAAGCCGAAGCAGAACAACAAGCAAAAUCAGAAGAGAUCGAAAGAGAAAGACAGGCACACCAACGUGAGAUUGAAGAACGUCAACGUGAAAUUCAUGAACGUCAACGUGAAAUGCAGGACAGGCAACGUGAGAUUGAAGAAAAAGAACAAGCUAUGAUACUUCAACUAGAAGAAGAAAAACAGCGAUUAGCUGACGAGGCUAAAGCAGCACUCGAAGAAAAUAUACGUGAACAAAGGCGACUCGAAGAAGAAGCUCGUUUAGAGGAGGAAUUGGCGAGAAUUCGGGCUGAAGAGCAAGCUCGAGCUGAGCUAGCCGAGAAAAUCGCAGCGGAAGAGGAAGCGAAAGUUAUGGCCAAGCGUGCAGCACGAGCACGACUCGAGCAGCGCGAGGAUGCAUUGCGGGCAUUUCACGUCUCCCAUAUCUACCACGAACCCCCUGUCUCUCAGCCGGUACUUCGAGAGUUUAACCCGAUUUCGUAUGCGCAAGCCUAUUCGUCACCAAGUGUUUAUGCAUACUCUCUACCACCAUCCCCUAUUCUCCCGCUUUCACCACUCUUUGUGCCAGACGAGGUCAAACAAGCAGCUCAGGCUCAAAGACAAAAGUAUGAAUCAGAAAAGAAGCGACGAGAAGAAGAGCAAAGGGUUGAAGAAGAACGUUUGAAAACCCUUCAAUUGGAAGCUCAACUGAAGGCGGCUACCGAACAGCUUGCAGCUGAGCAAGAACAAGCCCACCGAGCUCAACUCGAACACAAGGCAAAGAUUGAAGAACUCGAACGAAGGACUCGUGCGGUUGAGGCUAGACGUUUCGAGGCGCUCCAAGAAGCCGACUUCAAAAAAGAGCGAGAACGAUUGGAUGAGGAGAACGCUUUGACGAUUCGGAAAGAAUGGGAGGCCAAGCGUCGAGAAGAUGAAGAAGAGAUGAUUAGAAAGGAACGCGCAGAAGUGGCCAAAUUACAGGCCGAACAAGCUGCUGCCAAGCAACAUCCAUCAAGUCCAUCUGCGGCUGGUGGGUCAAGUUCUGAUGACGGAAUGACAGACGCGAAGAAGAGGGGUGCACAAGCAGCGUCAUACUUCAUGGCCAAGCAAGCUCUUUCCAAGCCUUUGCGCUCACGUAGAGUCUCUACCUCUCAUCACACUGUAGGUCGUCAAAGACGCGCAAGCUACACCGAAUCACCGAUGCUCUCAUCAUCAUCACCUGGGUCUGGAUUCAUGGUUUUCUCUUUCGACGAGAUUCCUGGCUAUUCACAUGACGCGAUAGGCGAAGUCGAAAGCUCAUAUAUCAUGGAUGUCAGCCAGACCCCGGCUCUUGAGUUUCUUCAUAAAACUGACGAGGGGAGGCGAUUGGCUAGUCAAGGACAAUGGUCUGCUGUAGAGGCUCUAGUCAAGCUUGCCGAAGAGCUCAAUGCCGAUGCAAUCAUCAAGCUCACCUCCCAGCGCCCUGUAUUGAUCAAUGAGAAUCAAGUUAAUUUCUCAGCGACCGGACUAGCCGUGUCGGUGAAAUUUCCCUCUCCAGACCGCCUGAAACACCGCACACCAUCUUUUGUUCCAAAGGGAUCCUCACUAUACAAUCAUCCUACCGCUUCAGCUCCGGUCCGUGCACUGCAAACUCCCGCGCUCUCGCUCAAAAGUGAACCAUUUGAUGUCGGCUCGCCCAAGAAUUUUCAUCAAAGCCUUCCACGUAUUAGGUUCGACCUCGAUAGUCUCAUUGAACAGUCUUCAGAAAAACGCAAGCAGAGGCCGGAAAGAAGACAAACCCCUGCUUUUGAAUUGAAUGUCGUUCCGCCCUCGAACUCGUCAAAAUGUUCGACCCCAAACGUGGAAGACAAAAGGCCCUCUCCUCUAAACUCGCCAUCACCAUCUGAGCAAGCAAGAGAAGCGCUUCCCCACCCACCCAAUUUUACUUCACCCAUCAACCCAGCUUCGUCGACAUCGCCAGCAAUGCCUCAGGUCCCAUGCGAAACGUGUUCUUCGUCUGCUCAUCAAGGAGUCGGAACUGUCCAUGAUUCUGCGGUCAACUCGCCUCGCCAUUCAACAUCCACUAAUGUUCAUCAUCCAGCAGAACCGCCAUCUCGUAAAGCUAUACCACCGACGAUCGAAUCUGCAGCGGUCAAAUCAGCGGCUCCAGUCGCACCGGCUCCGUCUGUGACGCGGGCCCCUUCGACAACUGAACAUUCAAGACCUCAUCAGUUCUCCGCCCGACAAGCAACACCUGCUACGAGUAAAGCCUAUCCACCGCUACCUUCUGAAGCGUCUUCUCGUAGCUCAACUCCAUCAUGCUCCUCAGCUGAAACCCCACCACAUGACCGUCGUGAGAGGGAAGACUUGCAUGGUACUGAAUCUUACCGUAUGGCUGAUCGAUCUACAUCGCGACAUCGCAAUCGAUCAAGUUCUGUUGCUACCCGUGCAUCGGAGCCAGGCUCGCGUUCAGUUUCUUCUCCUUCAUCACCCAAACAGACCUUCGCUUCAUCGGAAAAAGAGCCUUCGAGAAGCCAAAACCAUAGUCGUGCAUCCUCAAAGAGCUACAAACGAUACAGUGCCACACAAGUCCCACUGCCGAUGACUCCGGAAGAAAGACGAAGAUCCUACGAAUCGAGUGCAGGAGCAGGUGGAGGAAGAAGAAAAGGUGAUGAUGAUCGAUUGAAAACCCCAAGAAUGGUCCCGUUGCCGGAUUCCCCAAGAGAAUCGCCCAAUAGAGGCCAAGCUCGACGAUCGGUACAUUUUCCGGAUGUUUGGAUUGGUGAUCAAUGGGACUCCCAUAGUCCUGCUAUGGCGAGCUUGAGGAAUCCAAUGACUCCAAGGGUUGGCAAAAGCUUGUACGAGAGACAAGAACCAGCGAAAUCGGAACAUUCAUCUCCUUUAAUGGAUCUUGAUGGCGAGUUUGAUAUCUUAGGCCGAAGAUGGGGACGAACGAAAGCGGCUGUCAGUCCUGAAAGACCCGUCUCACAAUCAAGAGCUCGAUACACAAGUUGGUGGGAGGAUUUGAAUCAAUUGGCCUAA